AAGGGAAAAGGGAAGAGGUGGAACUGUUAGUUUUAGAACAACUCUUUCAGAGUGAGAGAGAGACACGAUCAGAUACAACUCUCUGUGUCUUUAACUGCUGGAGAAAAUAAUCAAGAGCUCUUCAAAAUACAAGCAGAUUCACCGGAGCAGGAGUUCAGUUAUCAAUGAUGAAGAUCCUCCUCUUCUUCACUACCAUCCUCCUGAUCAUGGGUCAUGUGAGCAGUGCUACUGACACUGUAACUGGAGGAAGUGUCAUUAUUAACUGUAACUAUGAAGGCCCUGCAGAGAGUACAAAAAGUUUUUGUAAAAAGACAGAUAAUGAGUGCACAAACUUGACAACCGCACAAGAUCAUUUAUGGAUUCCUGACAUGAGAAUAUCGAUGUAUGAUAAUAAAUCUGUGGGCUUGCUUAGUGUCCUCAUUAGAAACCUCACCAUAAAUGAUGCAGGAAAAUACAAAUUUAAAGCAGGCAGUAAAUGUUCUGGGGAUGUGACAUUACAUGUGCAACAUGAGCCCUGCUGUGGGAGAUUAGAGAAACAGACUGCUUAUUUAGGAGGAACUGUUAACAUCAGAUGCAAACAUCCAGAGAAAUAUAAAGAUUUUCCAAAGCUGUUGUUCAAAGUCUGUAAUGGAUCCCUAGAGUCUGUUUUUCCCACUCAAGGUGCAACUAAAGGAGAGAGAUUUUCUCUGAGUGUAAACACACAGGAAAAUGUCUUCACUGUCACUAUUAUUAAUGUGAAUAAACAUGAUGAUGGGGUCUAUUUCUGUGGAGUGGGCAGCAAAUUGGAAAAAAUUAGCUACAGCUCCCUCUUAACAGAAGUUCAUCUUCAUGUUACAGAUUCCAACAUAAUCAUUAUUGUGUGUGUAUGUUUGACACUACUGUUAGCUGGAGGACUGGGUUUUUUGCUGCUCAGACGAAGGCGUAACAAGACAGAAGGUUCAAUACCAUCAUCACACCAGACGAACACAAGAGAUUCUGAUGAGGUACCCACCUCUGCCUAUUAUGAAACGAUUAAAGACUCUGACAUCAGCUCCAGAGCUCAAAGUCCUGUCAGUUUAAACACAGUUUAUGCCACAGCACAUUUACCCACAAGCCCCUCUGACAGAGAUUUCUACACACUGGUUGAACUGCCGAAAUCCUCAACAAAACCCUGAAGAGACACGACAGCACUGACAUAGCAUCAUCUGUUUAUUAUCUGCUUCAUUUAUUUCAUGUAUUCAUUAUGGAUCUUUGUAAAUAAAGUGUUUCUGAAAACGAAAAAAAAAUUGUUUUUAGCCAAUAGGCUACUACUGUCAUAUAAACAAUUUUGGCAUUAUUGUUUAUAUAUAUAUAUAUAUAUACGUAGAAAAUAAUAACAAUGCCAUGAAAAUAUGAAGUAAUGUGAGCCGUUAGCAAAAUGUUCAUUUAUACAUCGAAGGACUAUUAGUGGGAAAUAUUCCCUACAUUUUUCUUGUCUUUUUUUUUUUUUUAAACAAACACCAAAUGGAGAGACAUUAGACUAUGACUCAUUUGAAUGUAACAAGGAACAAAAACAUGCAAAAUCAUUAGCAUUGCUCGACUGACGAAUAAUGCCUACCCUACAAGUACACAUCUAUGCUCUUGGGAGUUUUGCAUCCAGGUAUUUUGAGACAAUCAUUUGAGCUGUAAAUGCCAUGUAACUAAUUAAUCUGGAACCACAGAAAAACUACAUCCUGACAAUUCUGAUUGGCUGAUUGGCACCACAAGCCCUACUCUGCUGACUAUCCCAAACCAUCACAAGUCUAUUUCACACUGUUAAGAGCCAUCCGAAAACUAGCACUGGUAAAAAUAUGCCAUAAUGCAAUGAAAUGUUUGUUUGUUUGCAUUGCAUUUUAUAUGUUGCUUGAAAAUAAACCCAUCAGAGAACACA